CCCGUACGUUUAUGCGUCGUCACGUCGGAACCUUCACCGCGUACGCAUGCGCAGUGUCGUCCACAACGCUCUGACUCACGGCUAGUUACGCAGCUACGAAAACACCGCGAGGCCGAGACCAACACACACUUAUACACACUCACACACACCAUGCAGGGGUUCCAUUUUACCCACACAGCAGGAAGAUGAACGUGUUCGACCGCAACAUCAACUUCGACGCCCUCUUCAAAUUCUCCCAGAUUUCACGCUCCACUCAGCAGCACCUGAAGAAUGUGUAUGCCAGCUUAUCCAUGUGCAUGUUCGUGGCUGCGGCCGGAGCGUAUGUUCACGUCGUCACACGUCUGCUACAGGGUGGGCUGCUGUCCGUGUUGGGUUCUCUGGCGAUGAUGAUGUGGCUCUCCAUGACUCCUCACAGCCCUGAGACGGAGAAGAAGAGACUCGCUAUUCUCUCUGCAUUUGCCUUCCUCACAGGGGUGGGACUCGGACCUGCCAUGGAUUACGUCAUUAGCAUUAACCCAAGCAUCAUCGUUACAGCGUUCCUCUGCACCUCAGUCAUUUUCCUCUGUUUCACCUUGAGUGCUCUUUAUGCUCAGCGCAGGAGUUAUCUGUUCCUAGGAGGUACUCUGAUGUCAGGGCUGUCCAUCCUGCUGCUGGUUUCUAUGGUGAACAUGUUCCUGGGCUCUGUUGCUCUCUUUAAGGUGCACAUGUACUUGGCUCUGGCCAUCAUGUGUGGCUUUGUGCUGUUCGACACUCAGCUGAUCAUCGAGAAAGCAGAGAUGGGAGAUAAAGAUUACAUCUGGCAUUGUGUGGAUCUCUUUCUGGACUUUGUGACCAUCUUCAGAAAGCUCAUGAUCCUGCUGGCUAUGAACGAGAAGGAUAAAAAGAAAGAGAAGAAGUAAGCACACCACCGUUCAGCCAAGCUAAAGGAAGAAUCUGUAAGCUGCAAGUUAAUUGCAUCACAAAUGUUUUUGUCUAAGAGUUCAUUAUAAUUUGGAGAAUUUUUCUGAUUUUGUACUCCAGUGUCUUAAUUUUAUUUUAGUUUUUGAAAGUUAGGAUGUUAAGGUGGUGCAGUAACCCUGAGUAAUGUAUCAUACUUACACAUGCUGGUCCUCAUUCCUACCAUGAGGAUUAAAGACAGUGAGGUUUCUUAAAUAUAUUCUUUAAACACUUUAAAUGUGAUACUGGACAUAAAAAUCAACACAUUGAGUAAAGAUCAGUUUGUUGUAAAUAUGACGAGGGAUCUGACUUCAGUUGAUUUCAUUCUUCUAGAUAGAAUUGCACGUGUCGUUUCUGCAUUGUUUUUGCCAAUUAUUAAAUUUCUAUUAAUUUAGAGUUACUAUAUUAUUAUAUUAUCUUCUCCCUGCCAAUAUGAAGGUACAGUUCUUCUCUCUCUCACUAAAACUUUAUUCUUAACUUUUAUAAUAACUAAUAUAAUAGCGUUCAUAAUAUAAUGAUUUCAACUGCUGUACAUGCCAACAGUGAAUUAUUAGUAAUCGGUGGGGAAAUGAUUGAUUGAUUGAUUAGUCAGGUGUUGCUGCUGAUCAGUUUUAUGGAGGUGAACUGAAGUGAUUAGUUUGCUUUCCCUCGUUACUGCCAAUUAUUUUGCCAUAUUUUAGAUAAACAAACAAACAAACAAUAAACUGUGAUUCAAUGUAA